AUACAGCUAUAUAUGCACGUUGACACAAGUUUUCACGAGGGUAUACCGCCAGUUGCAUUUGAAAUGUUCAGCAAUUGUUCUCACUACGAGGGCCCAAACGCCUCGGAAUGAUUUCAGCUAUGAUUACUUGUUCCUCAUCCUAAGUUGGUGGGGUAGUUGCUGCUUUAUGUUUUAUACUAUGCAGUUUUGGUGUAACUUUAGAAUAUUAAGAAAUUUGCCAACUGCUUGGUGCGUCGUUUGGAAGACAUCAGCAUGCUGCGCCUCUUGACGACGUCCCUUCUGAUAGGAGCUAUCUUUGAUUUCGCCAUUGCAGGGGAUUUUGCACUGGUUGCGGACCUCGAAAAUGGUACCAUUUCCGCCGGGAGCAUGUCCCGGAGUCUCUCCGACCUGACACCCCUCCAUCUCAGCGGGGUUGCACGGCCGGUAGCUGUCGGGUACGACCCGGUGGAAGGAAUGGUGUACUGGAGUGACAUCAGCACUAGCCUGCCGUCACCGAAGAUCUCCAGGGCGAAUCUGGAUGGUAGCAAACAGGAGACAAUCGUGGAUAACCUUUAUCAGCCUGACGGACUGGCAUUGAAUAUCCAAUCGAGAAUGAUAUACUGGACGGACUAUAUCGGGCACAUUGGCAGAGCUCACCUGAAUGGAUCAGGUGGCAUGAACAUCAUCGAAUCCCUUGAUCAACCGAGAGCCAUUAUAGUAAAUGAUGAGCGUAGACACAUUUAUUGGGCGAACUGGGGCGACAAUCCGAAGAUCGACAGAGCAGAUCUUGAUGGUAACAACAGGACUCUCCUUGUUGAAGGGGAUCUGCUUUGGCUGAACGGUAUUGCCAUAGACUUCGAAGCUAACUACCUGUACUGGUGCGAUGCUCGCCUGGAUAAAAUUGAGCGCAGUGACCUCUCAGGCAACCAUCGUACGAUCCUGCUGGAUAUUCAAUCUUAUCCUGGGAUACAUCCCUUCGGUUUAGCUCUGUAUAAGAACAGCCUGUAUUGGACCGAUUGGAAAUCGGGCACUCUGCAUCGAAUUCACGUCAAUGGCAGUGACAUUGUGUAUGCUAGAGACAUAGAGAGGUUUGGCCCAGAUAGCUUCCUGCAGGGUGCCGGAAUUCACAUUCAAGAGGAACCCAGUCACUGUGAACAUUCUCCCUGCAACUUUGGAGCAACUUGUGCGGAUGUUUUCAACUCAUUUUCAUGUCACUGUGCUCCUGACUUUCACGGACAGACAUGUGCUUAUCCUGACUCGGGAUGCCUUGCUCCACCUGUGUCCAGUCACGUGACCUUGGUUCAAGCCGGUGUUCUCGUGUUUUCACCUGGGCAGGAGGUCACGUUCGUAUGCGAUAACGGCUUCUCCGUGGCGGGCACCACCGAUCACUUGGCGCGGCGCGUCUGCCGUGCGGACGGCACCUGGUCCGGUAUACCUCUUGAGUGUUCUCCGGAUAGUGAAGUAGUUGUCAACAGCUGUCGGCUUCCAACUGACUCAUCCGAUGGCCUCGUGGUCUUAUCAGGGGAGCAGUCCGUAUACCUUCCUGGUGACUUGGUUGAGUACGCAUGCCCAGACGGAUAUCAUCUCAGCGGGUCCGCCAUCCGAACAUGUCGGUCUGACUUCACGUGGUCCGGACAGCCAGCUGAAUGCAUACUUUCAGAUUCAGGUGUUGGUAGUUGUAUGGCUCCACCUUUAGCUAACCACGUGAAGUUAGUUGAACCAGAUUCCCCGAUGUUUCAACCCGGAGAGGAGGCGACUUUCACCUGUGACGGUGGCUACAUUGUUGCGGGUUCAACCGAUGGCUCUGCACGGCGGGUCUGCCGGGACGAUGGGAGCUGGUCUGGUCAACCGGUGGUGUGCUCUCUGGAGGAAACUGGAGAAGGAGAUGCACCUGUUCAUGUGUGGCUGAUUUUGAGCGGGGUCCUUGUUUCAUCUCUCCUGCUCUUCGCCAUUAUUGUGGCCACCGUACGUGUUCGAGCGAAGAGGACGGCAACGAUCUGCAUGGUGGAGAGGUCUGCCGGCACGGGUAGACCUGACCGGGUGACUCUAACGGCUCAUGAAACCUGCCUGAACGAUCCCAUGCGUGUAGGUGAAGACAACCCAGAGCCCAUUUAUGAGGCGUCCAUUCCCUCGACCAAUCUGAGACGUGACUGUGAGUCUGUGACCACACCCAUGCAUAAUGACCUACCCGUAGCAUCCCCACAACCACGGCCGCUACCGCCGCCACCACCAACAACCCCUUCAAUUCCACAACAAACACCACAACCAUCACCACCGGAAUUUGAGGCUCAACUCACCAACCCUAUUCCCAACUCAGGUCCUGGGUAUGAGAGGUCCAUCCUCGGAGCCGGCGUGCAUCACAGCUAUUACAGGCCUGCAAGUAGCUAUGACGCAUCCUUACCGUCAGUAUCACAACCGACAGUAGCAUCAAACUUACCCAAGGAAACCAAUGGGUGUGAACCUGCUGUCGGUACUGCAGACCAUAGAUACGAGACGUCCAUCCUUCCACCCGUAGUUCAGCACACAUACUAUCACCCGUGA